UCCAGCUAGGAUUUUGAUUAUUUAUUUUUGUUUUUUUUGUUUGGUUGGUCAAACUCCUGAGAAUUUCAGAUUUAGUGGAAGUCUAACCCCCCUUCCCACAGCCAUGAGCUGGGUUCCCUCCCCUCAGCGCUGCCCCUACGACCCGCUUUGGCACCGCCACCUCCCAGCCCCCCUCCUGGAAGGAAAAUCUGCGGAAAAGUAAGUGCAAUAAAAUCAUGAAUCUUCUACAUCGGAGGAUCCAGCACGGCAGGAAUUUGACCGAGGAGAAUAGCUGACCUUCUGCUGGGAUCGGGCUCGCCUGCUGCAGUGUUAGGGCUGUGCGUUGGGCAGGUGGAGGCAAGGCCAAGGAUACCAUGUUCAGCCUGAGUGGUGCCAGGAGCGAGGGGUACGUCCAAGAGCUGUUCCACGAGGAAGCACAGCAGGUAUCUCAAACACAGACCAAGCCCUGGUGGAAGAUCCAGCUGUUUGUGUGGGAGCCGGUGCUUUUUGGUACGUGGGAUGGCGUCUUCACCUCCUGCAUGAUCAACAUUUUUGGAGUGGUUCUUUUCCUGAGGACGGGAUGGCUCGUGGGAAACACUGGCAUUAUAAUGGGCAUGUUUCUGGUGUCCUUUGUCGCCCUGGUCGCCCUGGUGACAAUCUUAUCUGGAAUUGGGGUGUGUGAGAAGUGCAGCAUCAGAAGUGGAGGAGUCUACUCCAUGAUUUCUACUGUCCUUGGAGGUCAAGUAGGAGGGACCAUUGGCCUCCUUUAUAUUUUUGGCCAGUGUGCUGCAGGUGCCAUGUACAUCACUGGCUUUGCGGAGUCCAUCGCAGAUGUCCUGAGCCUCAGCAACAUCUGGGCGGUGCGUGGGAUCUCCCUGGCUGUCCUCCUGGGCCUGCUGGGGAUCAACCUGGCUGGGGUGAAGUGGAUCAUCAGGCUCCAGCUCCUGCUGCUCUUGCUGCUGGCUGUCUCGACGCUGGACUUUGUCAUCGGGUCCUUUACACACCUUGAUCCAGAGCAUGGCUUCGUUGGCUACUCGGAAGAGCUUAUGUUCAACAACACGCUGCCGGACUACAGCCAGGGGGAGUCCUUCUUCACUGUUUUUGGAGUGUUUUUCCCAGCUGCCACAGGUGUGAUGGCUGGGUUCAAUAUGAGCGGAGAUCUCCAGAAGCCUGCUAGCAACAUCCCCUUGGGGUCUCUGGCUGCUAUUGGCACCUCGUGGUUUCUGUACAUGGUCUUUGUUUUUUUGCUGGGAGCCAUUUGUACGCGUCAGUCACUCCGCUAUGACUUCAUGAUAGCAGAGAAGGUGUCCUUGGUGGGUUUCUUGUUUUUGCUAGGGCUGUACAUCUCAUCCCUGGCCUCCUGCAUGGGGGGGCUGUACGGAGCACCCAGGAUCCUGCAGUGCAUCGCCCAGGAGAACGUGAUCCCCAUGCUCGCCUUCCUUGGACGUGGGAAAGGACCCAACAAGACUCCAGUGGCUGCAAUUUGCUUAACAAGUCUCAUCACCAUGUCUCUCGUCUUCAUUGGGCAAGUGAACGUUCUUGCUCCCAUAGUCACCAUCAACUUCAUGUUAACAUAUAUUACAGUAGACUAUUCCUAUUUCUCAGUCUCCUUGAGCUACAACGUUCAGCAGAAACCUGAUGAGACCCAGAUGGGAAACACUAGGCCUGCUGACUCUUCCCAGCCUUUAAUUUUCAACAAGCCCUCCAGCCAUGCAGCAGAUGGAGUAAUUCAGAGCAGAUCAAACGGCACCUUGCUAGAAUUCAGAAAAGACAUGGACCAGCUUUUUAAACCAUUUCGUACGGAGCCAGGUACUUGCAAAAAAGGAGGAGCCAAGAAUUCAACCCAAAAGGCCAAACAAAAGAAGGCAAAGAAGCCAGCCAAGCAGACGUUACAGGACAGCUUUCUCCUGGAUCUCCAUCGUGAAGGUCCCCUGGCUCAGCACGGUUGGGAUGAGACCGGGGAGCCCCACAAGGAGAGCUGGCAGGACCUGGCUGAGCAGGGCUGUCGGCGUGACACAGGUCCGUGCUCAUCACCCACUGCGGAUGCCCAGCGGACACCUGGGCUGCAGGAACAGGGGGAGCAGCUCCACAGCGAGGUCCCCACACUCCCCACCCAGAGGGGAGAAGAAUCGUCUAUAAAGCAACAAAAUCCAGAGCUGGGAAUUCAGCAAAUACCAAAAUCCUUCUACUCCAAAUUCUGCAACCACUGGGUUUCCUUUGCUGGUGCGAUCGUGUCCCUCAUCAUAAUGUUUGUCAUUCAGUGGAUCUACACCCUUGUCAGCCUGGGUGCAGCCGUUAUUCUGUAUUUCUACAUCGGCCAAGCGAGCCCAGGACUCCCCCUUGGAGCAGCAGCGAAUUUCAGUUUCUUCGGCUGGAUCAAGUCGGUUUUGAUCACCUCGUGCAGGAGGAGGCCAUCUCCCAAGGAGCAGAUCGUGGUGACACCGUCCUUUGCGACAGUUGGCAUGGAGACCACGCAGCUCACCGAGGAGAACGCAGACUUUGCCUCACGGGACCGCUAUCACCAGUCCUCGCUUAUCAGCAGAGAGGAGUUUGGGAAUCAAUUCCAGUAAAGGACACGCAAAAAAAAAAAAAAAAAUUAAAAAAAAAGAUCAAGCCAUGACUUCAAAAAGCAUUUAGAAAUGCUAAUGGCUGCCAUGGUGCCUUGUGAAAUACUUGAAUAUAUAUGGAAAGGAUGUGAAUAGUUAUUUAUAGAUUCGAGGCUUGUUUGUUUAUGCAAACUACAAUAUUGCUGGGUUUCAAAUCUUACCCAAAAUGAGGGGAAAAAUAUGCAAAUGAAAGGGCCAGUCCAGGGAAGUGAUGAGUUGCUGAGGACAAGUGUAAUCCUUUUAAAGAAUUCAAUUAUAAGCACUGUUGAGCUCUAAAGACCAUCACUGCUUCUAAAAGCUUACAACACCCCAUUUCUAACGUCCUCUGGGUGACUGGGGACACUCUGUGCUGGGGAGCGGUGACCUCGGCAGCAGGAGCCAGGGCCCAGCUCCCAGCUGUGCCACGGAUGGAUCUGACCUUCCAGGUCAAUUCACUUCUCCUCUCGGCGUGAAUUUGCCUGCUUGUAAUACAGUAAUUUUCUACCUCAGCAUUUCAAUUUCCAAGGUCUUAGAAAGUACUUUAAGGCAUUAGACAAUAGGCCAGAAUCAGUGGCAAGUGCAAGGAGAUUAUGAAAUAUAUUCACAACUGGAAUGGCACAUUUUAAUGCGGUAUAAUGACCUCUAUUGUAAAACUGUGAAAUGA